GUAAGUAUUUUUCUAAGAUAGACUUAAAGUCCGGUUAUCAUCAGAUAGAGGUCCAUCCUUAUGAUCAGUACAAGACUGCGUUCCGGACUCGUUAUGGGCAUAGUAAUACCCUUUGGACUAACCAACGCGCCAACUACUUUUCAGCGUUGUAUGAAUGACCUGUUUAGGCCAUGGUUAGACAAGUUCGUAGUAGUCUAUUUAGAUGACAUCUUAGUUUUUAGUAGGACCCUCCAGGAGCACCGGGGUCAUCUGAGGCAGGUCUCGGAGAAGCUUAGAGAGGCUAACUUCAAGAUCAACGCGAAGAAGUGCGAGUGGGCCAAGACGCAAGUCUUAUACUUGGGCCACGUGUUGGACGGAGAUGGCAUUAAGCCAGAGGACAGCAAGAUAGCGACAAUUAGAGAUUGGCCGACGCCCCGCACAUUGAUAGAGUUGCGGUCAUUCUUACGCCUAGCCAACUACUAUCGGAAGUUUGUGAGGAACUUCUCCACUAUCGCCGCUCCCCUGCGCAGAUUGCUUAAGAAAGAGGCAAUCUGGCAAUGGGACAAAGAUUGUACGUCUGCGCUCAAGAGGUUAAAGCGCGCGUUAAUAGAGUAUCCUGUCCUCAAAGUAGCUGAUCCGUUCUUGCCAUUUGUCGUCACCACGGACGCAAGUCGGUAUGGAAUAGGCGCCGUGUUGCAACAGGAUGACGGCCAUGGCUAUAGACCCAUAGAGUUCAUGUCCGCGAGGAUGCCCUCAAAGAAGGUAGCCACCUCGACGCACGAGAGAGAACUCGACGCUCUCAGGCAGACUCUAGACCAUUGGAAGCAUUACCUGCUUGGGAGGCACUUCAAAGUGUAUUCUAACCACGAGACCCUUAGAUGGUUAAAGACCCAGGCCAAGAUGACACCGAAGUUCACUAGGUGGGCCGCAGAGAUAGACCAAUAUGACUUUGAGCUUAAUCCAGUGAAGGGCAAGUAUAAUGUAGUUGCGAACGCUCUGAGUAGGAGAUCAGACUACUUUGGAGCCAUAGUACAUUAUCUGGAUGUAGGGAGAGACCUGCAGGAGAAAGUAAAGCAAGCGUAUGCGCAGGACCCUAUUUAUAGCGACCUCCUAAAGAGAGUUAGAGAGGCCCCAGAGACUGAAUCAGAUUACCGCACUACAGAUGGAUUGCUGUUUGAGAAGACUAACGUGUUUGACCGCCUGUGCGUUCCCAACAGCGAAGAGAUUCGCAAUUUGAUUUUAGGGGAAUGCCACGAUACUGAAGGGCAUUUCGGUUGGCAAAAGACAUUAGCCAACCUGAUGCGUGCAUAUACCUGGCCAAGGAUGAAGAAUGACUGCGUAGAGUAUGUCCGCAGUUGUGAAGUGUGCCAAAGGAAUAAGUCUACUACACGCGCGCCCCUAGGUCUUCUCAGACCCUUGCCUAUUCCGGAUCAGCUGGCAGACUCCGUGUCCAUAGACUUCAUGGACACCCAAGUCAAGAGCAGACAUGGUAAGAGCCAAGUCAUGGUCAUAGUGGACCGUUUUAGUAAGUAUGCCGUUUUUGUUCCCUUGCCUGCAGAGGCACGUAUAGACUUAGUUAUACAGAAGUUCUUUGACUUUUGGGUUAGUGAGAAUGGAAUCCCAUUGUCAAUAGUUAGGGAUAGAGAUAAUCGUUUCACCAGCCAGAACUGGCAAGAACUCAUGAGAGUCUACGGAUCUAAGUUGUUAAUGUCGUCCGACCGUCACCCAGGGACUAACGGUCAGACUGAACAGAUGAACAAGAUCCUACAACAAGUUUUGCGCAUGUAUAUUAGACCAGAUCAGAUCAACUGGGAUGAGAUGUUGCCUAAGGUAGCUAGUGCAUACAACAACAGCGUGCAUCUAUCCACCUGUCGUACUCCCAAUGAGCUGCACAAGUCCUUUAGACCUUGUAGACUGUUCGAAGGACUGAACCGGGACCAGAUUCAUAGAUUACCGCCCGGUACCAGGGAGUUCGCGAUACAGCACGAGAAAGAAUUAGCAACUGUUGUUGAGAACCUCAGGAAGGCCCAACACAGAAUGAUAGAACAGGCUAAUAAGCACCGUCGCCCGUCACAGUUUCAGGUAGGCGACUUAGUCUGGGUCAAGGCUAAAGAGUUUGCACCUGAGGAGAACAUCUCGCAGAAGUUACUGCCUGCGUAUAGAGGACCGUGGCCGGUUCUAGAAGUUAAGGGCGAAGAAGAUGGACCCUCCUACACUAUAGAGAUUGCAUUACACCUCCACACAUAUCCUGUGUUCCACGCUUCAAAGCUGUUGCCGUGUGUCACAAGCCAACAGUUCCCUUCAAGACAAUCUAUGAUUCCUCCGGAUAUGGACGGAAAUUAUGAUAUUGAAGGUAUUGUAGACGAGGAUGUGUUUAGGACAGGAGGUCGAGGUCGUCCCCAGAAGCAGUAUAAGGUUCGGUUUGCCUACCAAGAGCCGGAAGACGACCGCUGGUUCACAAGAACAGAACUUCUAGAGACAACUCCCGACAUAAAGGCCGUUUUGACGCAGUUCAAGGGGUUGUUUCCAUUGAGUUCAAUGCAUACUAUUCUGGAGUUGGUGUUGGGGGCAAAGAAACCUGGAGUUGAAGAGACCCGUUCGACCAGAGGGUACUGGGGAUUGUCUGUUGUAGGAGGAACCGGAAUUGUCCUGCUCCAUGGUAUUCCACAGGGAGACACAGCCCCUUGUCGGAGCAGAGGGCGAUGGCCGAACCUAGGGAUCGACGAAGAAGACAUUGUUCCGCCUCACGCCCCGAAUCCCACACCUCGCUGCCAACGCAGAGCGCUGCCGUCUCCGGACAGCGAGUGCGCCUGAGGCCGCAACUGCGAGAUCAGUGGUGGAGAUGAACUGCAAAUAUUUUUUAUAGGAUCUGGGGGUGCUCUGAAGCUAAAGGACCUCAUUAUUACCAGGGGGUCAAGCGAGGGUGAUGGAGGUGCUGUUACUGUCGGCGAUGCAGAGACAGCAGCAAAUGGGGGUACAAAGGGUGCACGUUUUGCUGCCAUUAACACGAAGUUCUAUGGCAAUCUUGCAAGGGUCACCUUUAUUCAGAUUGAUUCAAGGCUUGACUAGUUUCAAGCUGAUCGUACAAAGAUCAUCUUCUGUUAUCUUUUGAUAACAGGUAUGUUUGGUGAUUCGGACUUUGGAUUUGACUGC